UCUAUGGAGAUAGUUCUUACUUGGUCCAGAAAAAAGACUUCCCCACAGCUUCAUCACCGCCAAAAUACUAUUUGGGUACAAUCCAUGAACCUUUGAUCUGUGUUACCUGUUUCUGUACCAUGAAGAAGCCAUAACUACCGAGGUACAAUUACAAGCCAGGCUUCGUUUCUUUCUUCCCAUCCAGGAACUUUUUCAGCACGAAUUCUUUGCUGCAUUUAUUGCCUGUUGCUACUUUGUUCCCGCCUCGUAGAAAUUGUCAACCAGCUUGCCUCAUGAUAGAGUCGUAGACGCCAAUACAACCCUACGAGAAGCGAGCUUGCCGAAAAGUUCUGCAACUGAGAGCAAUCAGAUUUGCCCCUGCAUAACCCUCCGAAGUUGUCGGCGCAAUGACAGUCACUCCUGUGGCCAAUCUUGGCAAUAUCGCCCGCGCCGAGUACAAGGCGCUAUUCGAUACAGAAGUUGCCAAAGGGAUUAGAGAACCCCUUGUUCUUCCUUUCUGCCUUUUCGGUCCUUUCAUUUUGCCUAUUGUCUAUUUGGCAAUCCCACAUCGAAAUCGGCCAUGGCUUUACCACGCACGAUGGCUUGUCGUCGCUUUUGUCGUUGCGUUCGAUGCUUAUAUGAUUCAGUAUAUGUCUAGCUACAACGUCGCUCCAGCAUAUGCGUCAGGUCUCAUGGGCGGAUGGGGUAUCUUGACGACUCUGAAUCUUUUGGUUUGGUCCGAUCCGCAACUCGACUAUGCCAGAGUUGUCAAGAUUCCCAAGGGCAACAAGUCGCAAGCAUCUUCAAAACAACUGCCCAUAGAUGUUGUCAAUGGAUCAAACCAAGAAAGCGUAAUUCGACAGCGAAAGGCUUACCACGAAGCCAUUGCACUUUCAGGGGACGCCGAAACCCAUGCCAAGAAUGGGAGCUCCAAAGAUGUGGUUUACGCCUGGCAGAAAUUUCCUGAAAACGGAUCGUUCGGUGAACGGCUUAACUGGACACUUGACCUUGCUACAAACUUUAGGGAAAUCGGCUGGAACUGUUCUAUCUCUUCCGUACCAAGGCCAGAUAUCCCAAGCAAUAUUCGCGAUGGGGAUCCUGUAUCCUUCGACAACAUGCUCAUUGUGUCUAGGAGCGGCUACUAUCGUAACUUGACCGAGAGGGAGUUUGUAUGGAGCCGUAUUCGCAGAGUCCUCCUCCUCACUUUUCUUUUGGACUUUUGCUCUGUUGCGAUGGUCAAGGAUCCCUACUGUGCCUAUGGGCCCGAUCAGGGACUUGAGCUCCCUUUAUUCCUCCGGCGGUUUCCUCCGUGGCUGCGCUUCAUCUAUCGCGAGCUCCUUUGUCUUGUUGGUAUCUAUGCUGCCAUCGAUGCCAUUUUUAGCUUGCAUGACCUUUUUCAGUUCUACGUUUUCUCCUACUUUUACCCCAUGCGAAGAGAGUUAUGGCAGUACACCAACAUCUUCGGUCCUAUCUCGCAGGUGCUUGAUAGAGGUCUUGCUGGUUGGUGGGGGGCGUUCUGGCAUCAAACCUUUCGUCUUCAGUUUGUUGCGCCCGCAAAGUUCCUCGUUGACCAUGGCUAUCUUCGAAGAGGAACACUACGUGCUCAAAUUGUUACCAUGUGCUUAUCCUUCAUACAGUCCGGUUUACUUCACGCUGGUGGAAGUUUAUCGUCUAUGCCAACCACAAAACCCUGGAGAAGUCCGCUCUUCUUUGCCCUGCAGCCUCCUGGCAUUAUCUUACAGCUUCUUUUGCUGCAGACUUUGGACAAGCAUUUCCCCGACUUCCCUCAAAGACUCCGGCAGGCAUUCAAUAUGGUAUUCACUCUGGGCUGGCUCUGUCUGACCGCAUUUUUCUUUACCGAUGAUAUUUCAUCUUCGGGUAUUUGGCUUCUGGAACCUGUGCCGAUUUCCCCCCUGCGCUGGCUUGGUUUCGGUUACCCAAACGAUCAUUGGUGGCGAUGGAGGAGAUAUAUGUUCCCAAUCUGGCAUUCAGAUAAGUACUGGUGGAAAAGUGGUAUACAGCUUUGAGGCUGGAACAUCUAGAUGUAAAGAAAAUAUGUUUAUCGGACACGCGCCAUGUUUGGGAAAGCAAGGGGUAAGUCGAUUAUAAUAUUUAUCCUAGACUAGUCCUCGUGCAUAGAAGAGACAAAGUUACUAGAGAUAAAUUGUUUAGCCAUUUC